AUGGGAAAGGUGUACUUAAUGCGGGUUAUAAUGAACCAGGAACCCCUAGGGGUGGCUCCCGAUAUCGUGCUGCCACAGGACCUGGUGAGAUGGAGCGACGUGGAUCCCGCCCACUACCUGACUGACUACAGUGCCAUCGGCGAGACCAAGCACAACACCUCGCCCUUCCCCUACGAUCCCGAGAUCAACCAAAAAAUUAUCUUAUGGUCUGGUGAUAUUACUUCGUUACAAGUAGAUGCCAUCGUCAAUUCUACAAACGAGUACAUGAGUGAUAGCAAUCCAGUCAGUGACAGGAUUUUCCAGAGGGCUGGGUCCGAACUAAAAGAAGAAAUCAACCUAGAUAUAAGAGAAUGUAAAACGGGCGAAGUAAGGAUCACCCGAGGCCACGCACUGCCAGCACGAUACAUCAUCCACACCGUAGGCCCCAAAUACAAUAUAAAGUACCAGUCUGCAUCGGAAAAUACUCUUCACACAUGUUACAGGAACGUGCUGCAGAAAGCGAAAGAGAUGGGCCUGCACACGAUAGCAUUAUGCGUGAUCAACUCCGUAAAGAGGAACUACCCACCCGACGAGGGAGCUCACAUAGCACUACGUAAGCCUCGCAGAGAAAAAUCCCUCGCGCUAGUUCUGGGAU